AUGGCUAAAAAAAGAAAGCAUAAUUUUAUAAAAAAACGUAAAUCUAUAAAAAAAUCAAAUCCAAAAACAAAUUAUAAAGAAAAAGAAAAAGAAAAGGCAAUUCUUGAACCAAUAUAUGAUGAACCACCAACAUUUGAUGAUAAACCAGACAUUCCACGUCGUUUUUCUCGACUUUUAAAAAUAAAGGAGCACAGAAUUAAAAAAGUCAGAGAUAAUGUUAAAACAAAGGUAAGGUAUUUAAUUAUAAAUAUAUCGUAUGAAUGUGUUCGUACUGGCAUUGAAAGAUUACCAGGGGAACCUUUUUCAAAAUUUAGUCGUCGUUUAGAAGAUCACAUGAGGCCAGAAAUUCUUAAAGCGUUCCAAGAAGAAAUAGUUGAUAAACCUCCUGUUAUAACUGUUAUACCUAAAAACAAGGUAUCCAAUUGCCUUUAUUCUAUUGAAUAA